ACACUGACUCGCACUUGCGUCGCUGUCGAGCUCGCGCACACAGUCAAAAUGUCGGCGGUGGCCAUUUCAGCGGAGACUAAGAAGAUUACAGAUUUACGAGUUGUAGAUCUCAAAUCAGAGCUCAAACGAAGAAAUUUAGAUAUCACGGGUGUGAAAAAUAACCUAAUCGCAAGAUUGAAACAGGCGAUAGAAGAUGAAGGUGGCGAUCCAGACAAUGUUGAGUUCCCCGUGUCAGUUGAGACACCCACGAGAAAAGCCAAAUCCAAAGGAAAGAAGGCCGACCUGGACAAAGACACCACCAUGGAAGAGGAAUCCUUCUCAAAGGAGACAGAGGAGGAGGAAUCAGAAAAAGAUGUAACUGAUACUGAUGAUGCUACUCGUGAAAAUUCUAAAACCUCCUGUGAAGACGGCCUUGCAGAGCACGAGGCUGAGGCAGGGGCAGAGCCUGACCUUGAGGCUGAGGCAGAGGUGGAGCCUGAGCCUGAACCCGAGCCUGAGGCAGAGAGAGAAGCUGAGCCUGAAGUCCCAGUGAUGGAGGCCUUGGAGAGCGAACAUACUCCUGAACCUGUAAAAGAAGUUGAUGAUGACAAUAUAUCCGUCACCAUCCAGGCCGAAGAUGCCAUCACACUGGAUGUGGAUGGCGACGACCUCCUGGAAACAGGUAAACAUGUGAAACUUCCAGAUUCUGAGGCAGGCUGCGAAGAAGCUGAGGCCUCUGCUGAGAUGGGGCAGGAGACCGACUCGCUGGCCAAAUCAGUAGAUGUCCACAAAGAUGGUAAGAGUGAUGACAGCCUGAAGUCUGACGCCGCCAAGAAGGACAACAGAGAGGUCUUGAAGAAAGGAGAAAUGGGAGACAAGGAAAAGGAUUCUGGGAAGAAAGGCCCCUCUUCAACUGGGGCAACAGGUCAAGCAAAGAGUUCUUCAAAAGACAGAGAUGGAAAGACUUCGAAAGAUGAGAAAGGAGGCAGCACCAGCUCUUCUCGCAAUCUGUGGGUGAGUGGCCUGUCCUCCAACACUAAAGCAGCUGAUCUCAAAAACCUCUUUGGCAAAUUUGGCAAGGUUUUUAGUGCUAAAGUGGUCACUAAUGCUCGUAGCCCAGGAGCCAAAUGUUAUGGGUUAGUCACCAUGUCGUCCAGUGCAGAAGUGGCAAGGUGCAUCUCCCACCUGGACCGCACAGAGCUCCAUGGACAGCAGAUAUCUGUGGACCGGGUGAAAACUGACCCCUUCAAAAAAGAAGGGGAGGAGAAGACCUGUUCCAGUAAAACUUCUGGAGAAAAGCGCACUCCAACUGGAACAAAAACCUCAAGCAAGUCUCCAGCUUCAUCAAAGAAGGAGGAUAAAAAAUCAGACAAACUCUCUGAGAAAGACAGCAAAGACACCAAAAAGCAAGACUUAAAAAGCAACAAAUCUGAUGCACCAUCUUCCAACUCGGGAGCCGACACCUCCAAGAAAGAUGAAAAGAAAUAUGGAAGAAAGAGUCCAGGCAAGAUGAUGGGGAUUGACCAUGCUAGAAGAGAGCAAAACUUUAAGUCUCGACCUCCUUUCAGAAGGGGUGGGAGAUUUGAGAAGCCUGGUGCACCCAAUACAAUGGGCAGACGGCCCAGAUGGUUUAUACCACCUAAUGAGAUGGAGAUGAAGAAAGGGAGGCCCCUGCCUAACAAAGGUGGCAACAAGGAAAUCCUACCUUUUGAGAAGAUGAAGGAGCAGCGGAUGCGUGAGCGCAUGGUCAGGAUGGAACGUGUUCGUAGGGCUGUGGAACUGCGCAGACGGCGUGAAGUAGCGGAGCGAGAUCGCAAGGAGAGGGAGCGGAUCCGGCUUCUACGUGAGCGGGAGGAAAGGGAGAACCUGAUGAGAGAGCGGCAGAGGCUGGAGAUGGAAAGACAGAAACUUGAACGUGAGCGCAUGGAAAGAGAGAGACUGGAGCGGGAAAGAAUCCGCAUUGAGCAGGAGCGACGCAAGGAAGCAGAUCGUUUGGCUCGUGAACGUGAGGAAUUGAGACGGCAGCAGGAGCAGCUGCGUUAUGAGCAGGAGAAACGAAAUAACUUAAAGAGGGGCCGUGACGUCGACCAAAGAAGGGAGGACCCUUACUGGAAUGGUGGUAAAAAGAUGCAGACUGUGCCAGAGGGGAGAAUUAGUCAAGGCUCUGCCUACAACAGCCGCCAGCAGAAUCGCUUCAACUUUAAUCCCAGAGACCGUACCCGCUACCCUCAGACAGCAGCAGUGCAAUCUAACAACUUUGAUAGACGGAACCGCUUUGAGAAUGAAGCUGAUUCAAAGAAGAAUAGAUCUGCUCCACGCCGGGAAGGAUCAGGAUUUGACCGUUAUCCUAAAGACUUUGAAACUGUGCGUAGAACAGAACCACCACCUGCUCCCCGCACUGAGCUGCGAGAUAGCGACCGCCGAGAGAUCCGAGAUCGUGAUGAGCGUAGGCAGGUGGCCAUGCCUGAACGAGCAGCCGGAGGCAGAGCAGCGCCUCCAGUCAUUGCUCACUCCAGGACUCCCAGAGACACAAGCCACACUGGCUGGAAGACUGAUGGGGGAAUAAAUACUAAACAAGAUGUCAGAGGACCAGGGCGGAUGCGUCCAGAGCGACCAGGAAGAGAGGGACCCAGUCCUGCCUUGAGAGGAACUUCCACAGCUAGCCGCGGCAGGACAAGCUUCAACAGCCGAGACGGAGGCAGACCUGUGGUUAUUGGAGAGCAGCAGCACUUUGGCAGUGGCAGGCAGGUGGUGGUGGAAAGGCAUGGGCGUGAUCAGGGCCCCAGAAAAGAUUGGCAUGGGCCAGCAGGAUCACAGAGUGGAGGAUUCCCAGAUAAUCGUCGAAUGGGAGAGAGUCGGCCUGGCUUGAUGGCACCACACUCCAGCCAUUCCUCCACUGGAAUAAACAGAAUUGUGCAGAUCACUAAUGUUCCCAUGGCCGGCGGCAGUGGAGGAUUCAAACCUUUUAAAGGGAGGUUCUAGCAUCAGAAAUAUUUUAAAUUUUUUUUGGCAACAGUUUUUUUUUUUUGGUGGUUUUAAUUGGCUAAAAGAUUAUUUUAAAGAGACAGUUGGAGUUUUUCUUUUUUGUAAAGAGCUUUGUUAGCCUACAUUUUUGCCCUGAACUGUUCUCUGUUGACCUGUAAACGCCCUCUGUGCACAUACAUGUUAUCCUGACUUAGCGUAGGUGCAACCUGUACAGUUUAUUUCUUAACCAGUGGUUGUGUAUUGUUGAAACUUCCUGUCCAAGACACUUCUGCUUUUGGCAGACUACUGUGUUUGUAGCACUGGACAUGUCUCUUAAUUCCAUUAACAUUUCAGUUAGUGAUUUUUGUUUUGUUUUUUUUGUUUUAAUUAUUCUACAAGUUAUUAAAUUAUAAAGAUUAUAACUGUCUCUGUAUAAUCUGAUUCUGUGUAUGGAGCCACACGAGAAAAGCUUUGCGUGAUGUACUUGGCAAGUUUUGAAGACUGAAUGAAUGUUAAGGACAACACAAACCAACAGACUUCACUGACCAGAUUUCCUUUAAUCAGACAUAUUGCCCCUCAUCUAAGGCAUUUGUAAGAAAAAUGUCCAUCUACUCUUUGACAUGGUUGGGCUACACAUGUUUUGGUCUUUUAAUGAACCUUUCCCACAAUGGUAGAUUGACCCUUAUAAUAUCCCGUAUUUUGUAAGAGG